AAAGCUGAAGAAAAACCCUAGUGAAACACUUUGCCCUGAACUUUGAGUAGCGGCUGUUCAGAUUCUGCCUAUCCCCAGAUUUUCUCUUUCAGUUGAAACGAUGUCUUCGGUUGGUGAAGCUGCUUGCUCUUACGCUGCUCUGAUUCUCCAUGAUGAUGGCAUCCCCAUUAACUUAUCCUCUAUGCAUUUUCAUUUGUUUGCUGAGAAGAUUGCAACUUUAGUUAAAGCUGCAAAUGUUUCCGUUGAAUCUUACUGGCGGAGUUUGUUCGCUAAGCUUUUCGAGAAGUGCGACAUAGAGAAUCUUAUAACCAAUGUGGGUGCCGGUGGUGGCGGUGCUCCGGUUGCUGCUGCUGCACCUGUUGCAGCAGUUGGUGGAGGCAGUGCUGCUGCACCAGCUCCUGCUGAAGAAAAGAAGAAGGAAGAGCCAGAGGAGGAGAGCGAUGAUGAUUUGGGAUUCGGUUUGUUUGAUUAGAAAGAUCAUUUCAGUUCCUGUUUUAGUUACAUUACUGGGUUAAUGCAUUAAACUUUGACAGUCGUUGUUUUGGGAUUUAUUUGUAUUAGUAUUUGUCUGUUUUGAUUAAUCUUCUUUUGAGAAUUGUAUGUUUGAAUCUUUUUGUGUACAUACAAGUCUUCUGGACCAAAUUUUGCCAU